GUCGUCAAAAAUAGAGUUUCAAAAAUGACACGCUCUACCACUGAGCCAUGCGGGCUGAUGAUUGGUUGUUGUUGGUGAUGUUGGCGGAUGAUGGGCUUCUGAAGGUGUUGGAAUGGGAUGUCAGUGUGUAUGUAAAAGAUAGGAUGGGGAAAUGGUGCUGCAAAUUUGGUAAGCCAUUGGGCGAAAUGCUCAAGUGACAAAAAGGCAAGAGCAAUGGAAGGGGAUUGAAGGGGAUCAUCAGGGUUCGCGCUGCUGCUCCUUGCAGCCUCAGUUCUCAAAGCUGCGGACACAUAAGCACGUGAUUGCGCGACAGCCACCUGUUCAGGGGCGCGCUAAAGCUUAAGUGGAAAAUGCAUUUCUUCUGCUGCAUGUUUGCAUCAAGUUGCGACAACAUCCCAUCUCAUCAACCACGCAUCACCGAGAAUCUGGACGCCAUGGCUAUUCUCCCAUCCAUUCCUGGUCUCACCGUGACAGUGGAGGUGGCAGACAGACCCACGAAAGAAUAUGACGACCCCGACGCGGAUUCCAUGCAGAUUGAGAUGCAACGUGACGAGUUUGAUCACCACGCCACCCCCGACCUUCCGUAUAUCAUCAAGUACAUUGAAGCCAAACCUGGGGCCUUUUAUCAUUACCGAGUCAGCAUUCAGCCUCGACGAUUUCACUACGUAUCCGAUCAUGUUGGCUUCACUGUCGUCAAUGACGGCCGCGAGACAGGCAUGACCCAUUUAACAUUUAAUGACCGUGUCGAGAAACUCGGUCUCAGCCUCGUAGAGCGGACAGUGGGUUCGACGGUGUCACGAACUCGUGGGGGUAACUACAUCAAUCGAUUUUUUUGUUUUUCAGCUCUCAAUGUUGUCGAGUCGGACCAGUUCACGACCGAUCAAGUCAAAAAGCAGACCGCUCGAGCGAAAGAAACCGGGGUUCUUAAAGUCCAUUUGUAUCACAUGGACGUAUCUGAAGGCUAUAAGCCGCAAAUAAUCAGUGGUUCUGGUACCGAGAAUGAAAGGACGGUGACCAUGGCCGAAAAAAGCCCUCAAAGGGCAGGGCUGUUGACUGCGUCACGAGCUCCGUCGUUCGCCCUCGGGCUGAUCAUCCUGGGUUGUACCCAACAGACAACUAUCAUGAUCCGAAAAAACGCCCCUUUGCGGUUUUUGAGUUCCGUUAUCGUUCGAAAGAGGGUCUCAUCAAAGAAGGCAUUAUUCCGCGGCCAACGGUCUCCGGCGAUGUCCAGGAGAUGAGUGAAACAGAGGUUCGACGGAAGUUGGCAGAGCUUCUGGAGAAGCAAAAGUUUGGACCGGACACGAAGCCUGCGAGGCUCAAGCGCGAAGCUGACAGGAUGGAAGUAGACGAUUGGGCCCCAGAUCCUGCCUUCGAGACUCGAUACAAAACUCGGAGAUUAUCCCAUGGCCAGAUGGAGAUUGAUCUCACCGAGGACUGAUGAGCUCGACGAGGGAAAUCUGUUGGGUGUUUUGGGACUGUCUAUUUUCAGUGUGUCUUUUCCAUGAGUGCAUUAUAAUGGACGGGUACACCUAUAAAAGGCGUUUGGGGGCUUCGGGAAAAACCAUGUCUUUGCGCUUGGGAUGGCAAUAUCUUCGGUCAUGACUAGCAUGGACAGCUGCAACAUGGGUGCACAUAGAAUAUUCUUAAUGUAAUACUUUGUGAUUUGGUU